AUGGCGUCCAAGAGACAGGGUGCGGGAGGGAGUGUAUUCCUGAAGGAGGUCGUAGAGAAAUAUUUGGCUCUGGCUUUGCUGCUAUGCGCUCUGGCGUCAAUGUCAAAUGCUCAAUGCUUCCGUAAAGCCACGAAACCAGUCAAUAACCGUUGUCAGGACCAUGUGGAUAAGACAUGGCAUGACAUGGGAUCUUCUUGGAGAAACAGUCAAUGUUAUGACUGUACCUGCGAUAGUUGUUGCACUGGGUAUUCAACACCCCAGAACUUCCCUGACGACUGUGUGUCAGUUUUGGACUUGAAUGCUUGUGAAUACAAAGUGUUCAAGAGAGACAACCCGACUGUCCAAUGUCCAAUUUUUUCAGCAGUAGGAAAGUGAUGGAGUGGUCUGAAGGUCUGAAGUACGGCAUGCAGAUGUGAUCCCUCACUGGCUUCUCACCAGUAAACUUGU